GAAGAACGUGAGUCGAAGAAGAAGAGCAACCGUUGUUCACCAUUAUUGUAACCUUUCAACGCCGGAUAUAUUCUGCAGUUUCGUGUUGUAGUACGUUGUUAGGCUGCAUGCUUGUAAGAGACUAACACCGUGUCGUUUUAAACGCGUUGUAAGCUGCCCAUUUUAUACCUUCAAAUCGAAACACUGCCAUUUUUCCGGCCGGUCGUGUCUCGCCGAUAUCGGUGGCGCGUUUAUCGCCAUUUUGCGCGUUCAACUGCUCGAAACCAGCAAAAAGAAUGGCGGAAGCUGACCGACCCGGGAAGCUGUUUAUCGGUGGACUGAACACGGAGACCACCGAGAAGGCCUUGGAGCAGUACUUCAGCAAAUAUGGGAGGAUUGUCGAAGUUCUUCUAAUGAAGGACCGUGAGACAAACAAAUCGAGAGGAUUUGCAUUUGUGACCUUUGAAAAUCCAGCCGAUGCAAAGGAUGCUGCUCGUGAGAUGAAUGGAAAGUCAUUGGAUGGCAAACCUAUUAAAGUGGAGCAAGCAACAAAGCCUCAGUUUGAGAGCUCAGGGAGACGAGGGCCUCCAUCCAUGCAUUCUCGAAGCCGGGGUCCUCCAAGAGGUCCCCGAGGAUCAAGAGGAGGCAUGAGGGGUCCCCCAUCUAGAGACUACUAUGAUUCAGAAGAUGGAGAUGGCUACUAUAGUCGGAUGUCAUCCAGAGGUCCGCCAAUGAAAAGAGGUCCUGCCAUUCGAAACGGAGGUCCACCACCCAAGAGGUCUGCCCCGUCUGGUCCCAUGAGCAGGCCUCCUAUGUCCAGAGACAGGGAUCCCUAUGGCCCUCCACCUCGCAGAGAUUCAAUGAUGUCCAGGAGGGAUGAUUAUCCAUCACCAAGAGAUGACCAUUACAACCCCAAAGACGGGUACUCUAGCCGGGAUUACAGUUCAAGGGACCGGGACUAUGGCCCUCCCCCCAGAGAUUACUCGUACAGAGAGUAUUCCAGUUCUGGCUCCAGAGAUGAUUAUGGCUCAAUGUCAAGAGGAUACAGUGACCGAGAUGGUUAUGGAGGUGGUCGAGAAUCGAGGGGUUAUAUCGACCGUCCCAGUGGUGGCUCCUAUCGCGAUUCCUAUGAUGGUUAUGGUAACUCUCGCAGUGCCCCACCUUCACGGGGCCCCCCACCAUCCUAUGGUGGAAGCGGUGGAAGCAGUCGUUACGAUGACUAUGGCAGCAGCUCCAGGGAUGGCUAUGGAAGUCGUGACAGUUACCCCAGCAGUCGGAGUGAUCCCUAUCCUCCCAGCCGCGGAGAGAGAAUGGGUAGACAGGAAAGGGGCCCAGCCCCGCCUGGCGAUAGAGGUUACCCUCCUCGUGACUCGUAUGGCUCAAGUCGUGGAGGGCCUCGUGGCGGCCGUGGCGCCGGUCGACCUGAUAGAGGAAUGGCUCGCAGCAGAUACUAAAUGGACUUGGAAGUCAUAUUAAUGCAAAUUUCGAUCUUCAUACAUGUUUUGGAGGAAAUCUGAUUUAUUCAAACAGACAAAAUGUGUCUAAUCUGUGACUUAGGAAGUUUAGCUUUGUACUUUUACUUUCCCAGUAUGUGUAUUUUUAUUUUUCAAUUUUUAUACAUAGUGUUUCUUUCCCUAUGUCACAGUAUAGUGUGUUUUUUUUUGUCAGUUAAGUGUGAUUGGAAUCUGCAAUGCCCUAUAAAAAUGGCUUUCAUACGCUAAUAAAGAUCUUAGUUGUAAAGAAAUCUGCUCAUCAAUUUUUCACCUCAAGAUUUCUGACAUGAAUGUGGAAACAAAAUCAACACCACCAUCUCCUUUGCAAAGCUCUGUAAUGCAUAGGUGAGUCUGUCCGUGCUAUGUGAUGGAGUGGAAAGAAAUAUUUUUAAACAAAUGUGCUUCCAACUGGACACUACUGUUGGAAAAUGAAGUGGGGAAAAUGUUACUGUCAAAAUGUUCCAAUGUAGUUCCCUUUGGAAAUGGAUGCAUCACCAUAGAGCCAAAUGAUGGCAUGCAACGACAAAACCAAAGACAACAAGCAAACACAACUCGACAUAGUCAUCAGCUGGUAAGCAAAGCAAACCUCUUUUUCUCACCUGUAAAUAAGUUUCUCAUUGUCCUGCAUUACACAAUCUUCAGCCCAGACAACUUUUUGCAUCAGGGGACAAUGCAAUGAGGAAGUCGACUGAAAUAAGCCAUUGUAUUAUAGCAGACACAUCUUUUAAGAGCAACACCCAUGAAGAUUACUUUCCUUUGACCAACAAGAUUUUGACAAUUUGAACUUUUGAAACUUUUAUGCCCAACAAGUUGUGAAAUUUCAAACAAUUGGUAAUAUAUUUCCACACAAGUGACAUCUAGUAAAAGUAAUCUUGGUUUAAAAAAAAAAAACCAAGGAGGCAUAAAUUAUUUUCUGUAACCAAAAUUCCUCAAGCAUGCCCAUUCAAAACUGGAGAUCUAUGGAAAAACGCCAUCAACCCAACAGCCAAACUGGAAAAGCAUCAACAUGAGGAAGCUUGAAGCUGGAUUAAGGACAAUAUUAUAACUUUCAAUAUCGUUUAAUUUUUAUAUAUAUACAUAGUUAGGAAAA